AUGCCUGCCGCCGUCGACGACCCGGCCAGCCCCACCAUCUACCGCGUCUCCGGACAAGCUCCGUUCCCGGACCCGGGAGCGCCGCUGCCGGACAGCAUCGUCCCGCGCAAGGUGACGCUCCGCGACCGCCAGACUGUCGCCACGAUCCUGCCCAUUGUGUCUGUGCAGCACCAGGUGCCCGCGGCGCUCAUCACCUAUCUCUGCGGGCAAAUCAACCGCGAAAUCGAAGGCGGCGACACGUACCCGAUGAUGGAGCCCUUUACGCCCGCGGGCUUCGCCGCGUACUGGUUCCAAAACUUUGGCGCCGUCAUGCUGCUCGGCGACUUUGCCAGCGCCGAUGCCAUCCCCGACAGCCGCGACUGGGCGCGCGACUGCCUCGGCAGCUUCUACAUCAAGCCCAACUACCCGGGCCGCAGCUCGCACGUGUGCAACGGCGGGCUGCUCGUCACCGACGCGUCGCGUAACCGCGGCGUGGGCCGGCUGAUGGGCGAGUCGUACAUUGACUGGGCGCCGCGGCUCGGGUACACGUACAGCGUCUUCAACUUGGUGUACGAAACCAACGUCGCGUCGUGCCGCAUCUGGGACGCGCUCGGCUUCAAGCGCAUCGGCCGCGUCAAGGGCUGCGGCAACCUCCGCAGCCACCCGGACCGCCUCGUCGACGCCAUCAUCUACGGGCGGGAUCUGCCCCUGCCGCGGGACCCCAGCGGCGAUGGCAGCGGCGACGGCGGCGAUGACGGCGCGGGCGGCAGCAGCGUGCUCGUCGAGGAGCGUUUCGACAAGAUCCGCUACUACCUCAAGGUCGGGCGGUACCCGGACGGCGCAGAUCGCGCGGAGAAGAGCCGGCUGCGGUCGGCGGCGACGCACUACAAGCUGCUCGAGGACGGCGAGACGCUCAUGCUCAAGGACAAGCUGGUCGUGUCGGACCCGGCGAGGCAGUACGAGAUUGCGCGCGAGACGCACAGCCUGCACCACGGCGGCAUAAACAAGACUACGGCCAUCAUUGCGGAAAAGUAUCACUGGAGCAGGAUCAAGGAGACGGUUAGCGACGUGAUACGCCUCUGCAAGGAGUGUAAGGAGCUCGCCAAGGCACCGAGUGCAAACGGCAACGGCAACGGCGUCGUCAUCGCGCCGACUACAAUAACGACGGCAGGGCAACACUCGGGCGCCUCGCGCGUCACGGCAUCCAAGCCGACGACGCCCAUCGCCGGCGUCAAGCGCUCCCGAUCUCCAUCACCCGCCGCUCACCGCGACGCAGGUCCACGCUCCUCGCCGCCAAGAAGCGUGCCGGAGCCGCCGCCCCGCCGCCACGCGCCUUGCCUCGCCGCGACCGUCGUCGACAACGACCGCGUGCUCGGCCUGCGCACGCACCUCACCAGCAGCACGCUCCUGUCCAGCACGCUGCCCUCCGCCGUCAAUUCCCUCCUCCACUCGCCCGGCCCGUACGCCAACCCCAGCGACAUCUCCGUCGUGCGACCCUCGCAGACGACGCUGCACCACCACCAUCAUGGCGGUGCCGGCGGUUUCUUGCACACUCACCACAGCGGCGUUGGAGGCCAGGACGACGACGUUUACCAACCAAUUGACCCGCAAAUCAUGAACCGUGACGACGGCGACGACGACGACCAAGGCAUUCACGCGUUUGAUGGGUACCACCCGCACGCGGAUUUCCAGGCGCUGCUGCACGCGACGGAAGAUGACGUCGGCGGCGCCGAGAGCGAUGAGCGCAGGGCAGCGGUUGAUCGGGACCUGGAGAUGCUGAUUGAGCACGAUGAGGAUGACGGGGCGGCGGCGGUGGUGGUGCUGGGUAAGACGGCCAAAGUUAAUGGUAAUGGUGGUGGCGUAGGCAGCGGCGGUGGCUCGGAGGAGGGUGCUGGUGGGCAGGCGGACGCGGACAUGGACGAUUUGGAUGAUUCGAUAUUGCGCGAUACAAGGGGGUGGACUUGA